AUGUCCGUGAAAAUUGCCCCAUCGGAUAUAUUGUGUGAACUUAUUGAAGUAUUAAUUCAUAACAUAUUAUAUGCCAGAAAAGUGUACCCAGACACAAUUUUCUCGCGAAGAAGAAAGUAUGGCAUUCCUGUAUUUCAAUGCAUUCAACCAGAUGUAAAUAACUACAUUAACGAAGCUUUGAAGGCGGUAUUUUUCCAUACGAAGAAAAAUCAAUUGAAAAACAUAUUUCUCUGUUUUCAGUCAGGUGGUUCUGUGUCUGAAAAAUAUGUUUUUGAUGUUGUAGAUCUGAAGAGUAUUGACGAGAGCGAUCCUCUACUAGUUAAUCUAGAAGAGUACAUGAGAGAUUUUAUUUUAAGACUUCACAAUACUCUAAUUUAUUUGGAUAAUUUAGUUGAUGACUCCACAUUUUGUAUUAGACUUCAAGUUACGGAGUAUUCUAAUUUAGAAUUUAAUCAAAAUCCGAAGUAUGAAGAUUUUCCAUGGGUAAAAUUGAAUGAAAUGUAUGAUAUUCCCGAUUCUUCUGAAAUAGUACCUGUCCAUUCAUUGAAUUCUAAUAUGUUCAAACUCCAAAUAUAUAUUGAAAAAAGUUCUUAA